UUUCCCACAGUAAAGCGCGCACGUUGAGCCGGCUUCACUUGCUUCAGCUUCCAGGCUGCCUGUGGAGCAUGUCUUCCAAGAAGAAUAGAAGACGGUCCAACCGGAGCUCCGGCCGGAGCUCCGGCCGGGGUUCGCCCUCGCCCUCCACGGCUCGCUCUCCGGCGGGGGCCUCGGCUGCUUGUCCCGAAGCCGGUUUCGCGGCGGCGACUGGGACCCUGGCGGUGAUCAACUUCCUAGAAAAGGAUGACAGAGUUCCUAAAAAGUUCCAGAAUUCCCUUGCUCAACUCGGACUUGGCACUAUGAAGUCUGCAAAUAUAAUAAUUGGCCGACCAGUGCUGCUUACCAGUUUACAUGGAAAACAAGAGGUCUGUGUGGCCUGGCCUGUAUCAGGAUUUCCUGGAGGCAAGGUUGGCCUGAGUGACACAGCACAGAAGAGUAUGGGUGUCAGAGUUGGUGAUGCCAUCCAUGUCCAGCCUCUUUUGGGUGCUGUGAUACAGGCUGAGGAAAUGGACGUGGCGCUCAGUGACAAAAAUGUGGAUAUUAAUGAAGAACAAUUGGCUGAUUGUCUUCUGAGAAAACUAGAUGACAAGAUUGUUUUACCAGGCAACUUUCUAUACAUUACAUUCUAUGGACGACCAUGCAUGUUGCAAGUGUUGCGAGUGAAAGGUGCAGAUGGCAUGAUACUGAAAAGGCUUCAGAGUGACUCUGAUACUGAUGCUCAGGGAAUGGCCUCAAAACGAUCCAGCAUAGAAGCCAGUACCCUCGAUAUGUCCUUACAGUUAAGCCAGUUGGAUCUGGAAGAGCCUCGGGUCCCACCAUCAAGCAGUACUCCCUGCAAACCAGUAGAUGACAAAAAGAUAAAUAAAACUGGUGACAGUUUGUCAAAUGUCACACAGAGUCCUGGUGGCAGCAUUGGGCUUGGGCCAGAGGAAGUUACAGGUCUUGAAUGUAGCUUUGCGUCUGCCAGAGGAGGAAAUGAGUACCUUAUCAAUGAAGAGAGAUUCCUAAAGCCAGCCAAUCUGGGAGCAAAGUGCAACACUGAUACUUUCUACUUCAUUUCUUCAACAACGAGAGUCAAUUUUACAAAAAUUGGUGCAAAAUCAAAAGAGCAAGGCAACCAGUUCAAAGUAACUUACGACAUGAUAGGAGGCUUAAAUGGUCAGCUGAAAGCAAUUAGAGAAAUAAUUGAACUUCCUCUCAAGCAGCCUGAACUAUUCAAGAGCUAUGGAAUUCCUCCCCCUAGAGGAGUGUUACUGUAUGGCCCUCCAGGUACUGGAAAGACAAUGAUUGCCAGGGCUAUUGCUAAUGAAGUUGGAGCCUAUGUCUCUGUAAUAAAUGGUCCUGAAAUUAUAAGCAAAUUCUAUGGGGAAACUGAAGCAAGGUUACGUCAGAUAUUUGCUGAAGCCACUCUGCGGCAUCCAUCAAUUAUUUUUAUUGAUGAGCUGGAUGCACUUUGCCCAAAAAGAGAAGGGGCUCAGAAUGAAGUGGAAAAAAGAGUUGUAGCUUCACUGCUAACACUGAUGGAUGGUAUUGGUUCAGAAGGAAGUGAAGGACAGGUAUUAGUUAUUGGGGCCACAAAUCGUCCUCAUGCUUUGGAUGCUGCACUCCGCCGCCCUGGACGAUUUGAUAAAGAGAUUGAGAUUGGAGUUCCUAAUGCUCAGGACCGGCUAGAUAUACUUCAGAAACUGCUUCGAAAGGUACCACAUGUACUCACUGAAGCUGAGCUGCUACGGUUAGCAAACAGUGCACAUGGAUAUGUUGGAGCAGACUUGAAAGCCUUGUGUAAUGAAUCAGGUCUCAAUGCCUUCCGGAGAGUCCUAAAGAAACAGCCUAACCUCCCUGACAGCAAGGUGGCUGCGUUGGUGAAGAUUACUCUGAAAGAUUUCUUGCAGGGAAUGAAUGACGUCAGGCCCAGUGCCAUGAGGGAGGCUGCAGUUGAUGUCCCAAGUGUAUCCUGGUCAGAUAUAGGAGGACUGGAAAAUAUCAAACUGAAAUUGAAACAGGCUGUGGAAUGGCCCUUGAAACAUCCGGAGUCUUUCACCCGAAUGGGUAUUAAGCCACCUAAAGGAGUUCUUCUGUACGGGCCACCUGGUUGCUCUAAAACGAUGAUUGCAAAGGCUUUGGCCAAUGAAAGUGGACUGAAUUUUCUAGCAAUAAAGGGGCCUGAAUUAAUGAAUAAAUAUGUUGGUGAAUCUGAAAGAGCUGUUAGAGAGAUCUUCCGCAAAGCGAAAGCGGUGGCUCCUUCCAUUAUUUUCUUUGAUGAACUGGAUGCCUUAGCAGUUGAAAGGGGCAGUUCUUCAGGUGCUGGGAAUGUAGCUGACCGUGUUUUGGCUCAACUCCUUACGGAAAUGGAUGGCAUUGAACAGUUAAAGGAUGUGACUGUUUUGGCAGCUACUAACCGCCCAGAUAGGAUAGACAAGUAAGAAGACUCUGAAAAACUGCCUUUGUAUAAAUACUUCACUGACAUUCCAGACAAGUAUAAUCUUGUCUGCUGGUAGGCAGGAAAGAGUGAUGUCCUGGAAUGCUGUAAGAGAAGGAAAUCUCUUUGUGUUCCACAAAUGAUAGCCCUAAACCUUUUAAGAAUUUAAUUUUAAAAUGACCAACUCUGUAUUUGCUUUUCCUUCCGUUUAUUAACUUUGAAUGCAUUUAGUUCACAAAUGCAGCUAGUCAGAAAAAAACACAUUGUGUCUGAGAAAGAAGCAUCUUCCUGGUAGUUUGCUGGAAAUUGUUGGUAGAAACAUCAGAGGUUAACAUAGAAACAGAUUUAGUAAAUAAUUAUUAUUUUGUUCUCAUAGCUUAAAUCUUUUUUGAUACUUGCAUCCAGCUUUUGAUAGUUCUCUUCAGGCUUGAAAGAUGCAGGGUUUCCAAAAUUUCCUGUAAAGAAGUAAUUUGGAGAUUGUUUUUAGAACACAGAUUAUAUUCUUUUAAAGUUAGAUUUGGAGUUUUUCAAGUCUAUCGCCUUAACCACUCGUCCACAACUACCUGCCAGAUUUGGAGUUUUUAUGUUAUUUUAUUAUUUAAUGUAAGUUAGUAAAAUAUAUAAAAAUCAAUUGUGUAAUUUGAACCCAGCAAAACAGAAUCACCUGUAAGAAUUUCCAAAUACAAGGUUUAAAUACCCAUUGAUUACUUUCAAGUUGUAGAAAAGUAUGAUCAGAUAAUUGUUGCCAUUAAUGUAUAUGUUGUACCAUUUAUUUAAAAAUAUGUUGACAUUAUUCUUCUUAUAUACCCCUUCUCAUAAAUCUGCUGUGAUGAAUUCUGAAAUACUAAGGCUACUGCAUCUUCAAGUAAGAGCCUUUUAAAGGAAAUAAUUUAAGACAGCAGAGCCACCAACUGCUACAAUGAUUCCAUGGUGUUAGAAACUCAGAUUCCUUCUAUCUUGCAGCUGUACCAUCCCUUAGGCCACAUGGGAAAAAUAACUCACUGUUCCAUUAGUUGGGUUCUCAUUCAGGUAAACGGGGAUGAGAAGAUGAGGAAAGAGAGCUCACUCUCUCACUUUAAGGACAUAACCUAUAAGUAUCAUUUACAUCCAUAUGAUCCUUCUUAGCUUCAUACCCAAAAUAAAUAUAUUUUCUAUUUUGGUUGGCUGGCUGUGCAGCUUGAAUUGAGGGGUUUUGUUGCUAAAGGAAAAAGAGAAAAACUAGCAGUCUUGUGUGUUGUUAGCUUUACUCAUUGUCAUUGCCCACUCCUUCCUCUUUGAAUCAUUUUCUUUGUUUCCAGUUUUUAUUUUAUUUCUGUUUCCUCUUGGUUUCUUUACAUAUUUAUUCUGCUCUGCCUAUCCAUAAAGUGUUGGGUUCAUCAAGGUUGGGUGCUAGCACCCCUCUUUUUUUCUUUUGUCUCCAUGGGCAAUCUCAUUCACAUCCAUGACUUCAGGUGUCACAUGACUGCACUUGAUUCAGCUUAGACUAUUGCUCUGAUCUCUUCAAUGAACUGCCUACUUAAGAGAUGUCAAAGGCAUUUCAAAUUCAUCAUAUCCUAAAUCUAAGUUUUGCUCCAAGUAUUUUAAUCACUAAAUCUUAUUAACUUUUGAGGUAAAUACAGUGAUCAUACUUGAUGCUAUAUAUGAGAAACUGAGAUAUAGACAGGUUACGAAAGGUGACCAACACAGUAUUUGUCUUUUUGUGACUGGCUUAUUUCACUCGCUGGCUGGGCUCACUUAGCAUAAUGUCCUCAAGUCUCAUGUGUAUUAUAGUAUGUAUUCUAAUUUCUUUCCUUUUAAAGGCAGAGUAGUAUUCUAAUGUAUGUAUAUACUGCAUUAUGCUUUUUCUCUUUGCCAGUGGAUGCCUGGGUUGCUUUCACUUCUUGGUUAUUAUGAAUAGUGCUUUUAUGAACAUAACUGUCCUUUUUAAUGAUUGGACUUUAAUAUUUCUGAGAUCCUGCUUCCAGUUAUUUUGGAUAUAUACCUCAGAGCUGGAGCCAG